CGAGGGCGUCGAGUGCGCAUGCCUACCGAGCAAUGGAACACAAAAGGGCAGCCGCGUAUUGACUGAUUCGCAAGAAAAACACACGAGCACGACGGACAAUUUUCCCUGAUCUUAUCUACCUCGAGAAACGUUCACGACUGCGUCUCAAGCCUCGAAUUAAGUGCCCUUGGAGAUGUCCGCGUGAGGCUGCCCAUUAUGUCCAAGCCGCCCAACGAGAAUCUGCCGGCCUACAAGCUGGUGGUGGUCGGCGACGGAGGCGUCGGCAAGAGCGCCCUCACCAUCCAGUUCUUCCAGAAGCUCUUCGUCACCGACUACGACCCCACCAUCGAGGACAGCUACAUCCAGCACACCGAGGUCGAUGGAAAAUGGUGCAUCCUCGAUGUUCUGGACACGGCCGGCCAAGAAGAGUUCAGUGCCAUGCGGGAGCAAUACAUGCGCAAGGGCGACGGUUUUUUACUAGUCUACUCUGUCACCGACAAACAGAGCUACGAAAACAUAGUCAACUUCCACACUCAAAUCCUCAGGGUGAAGGACAGAGAUGUGUAUCCCAUGCUUUUGGUAGCAAACAAAGUGGAUUUGGUGCACCUGAGGAAGGUGACUGAGGAGCAAGGUCGGGAGCUGGCGCACCGACUCGGCAUUCCCUACAUUGAGACCAGUGCCAAGGACCCUCCGCUGAACGUCGAUGCCGCUUUCCAGGAGGUGGUUCGGAUCAUUCGGAACCAGCCAGCUUUCGACCUGGAAAAAGGCCGGAGGGGUCGUCGGAGGUGUUGCAUUGUAUAAGGAGAGACUCACUCUGUGUUCACGAAGGACUUUUCGCACAAAUCUUCGACAAAACUUUUUACAAACAACCAACCGUGUGGACUGCAUUUAUUUUUUGCAUAAAAAUCCGCAGAAUCGAGAGAGACUAACUAACUAUUAUACAUCGUAAUCUAUAAAUGUUGUUGUCAGACAAAGUGUCAGCAGAAUCGCUCUAUUUGAUUUGCGAACGGCAACUAAUUCAGCUCAAUUUGGACAAUUUCGUUUCCUACACACUCAACACUAGCUGGUAAGGCCGCGAUUUUUGUAGAACACAGUCGACAAUCUAUGCCAUCGGCAGAUAUAGACAGAAAAAGAAAUAACGUGCAUUUUCCUAUAUACUUUGUGUAGCAGCGAACAAUACACAUGAUCUGGUAUCAAUUUUAAGUCUUGUCGCGAGAAUACAAAAUGCAACACGCUGUGAGUGUCUAUAUGGGUGUUGCUAAUUUUACUAUAGGAGCCACGCCUUCUAAAAGGCCUGUGUGUUCUAAACACUUAAUUUGUUUAACCGAAUCAGAGGUGGCUCAAGUCCAUUUUAAAUUAUCUCUUUUGUGAUUUUCUUGAUGUACACGCGUAUUUAAUUAUAUUAACUGAAAUCAGGUCGGUAGCGCUAACGCUAUUUUAGAGUAUUUCUAUUAUUGCAUUUCUCUUGACAGCUACCGCGCAGCGUAACCACUAAUAUACUCAUCUGCAAGAAGCCAAAGAUGCUGACAAAGAUUUAUUUUUCACUGUUUGUAGUUACUUAUGUGUGAAGCGCAAAGUUUAUGUAUAGUUACGAAAAUAAAGCAAAUAUACACAACGGA